CGAGGUUGGGUGGGGGUUGAACCCGAGUGUCGCGCAUGCGUGCGCUGCACAAACCGUUUGGCGGGUUUUUGUCGGCUGCUGACUUCUGCUGUGGUCAUUGAGAAGCUCACUGGUAGCUUUUGGGGAGCUGGAGGUUCUUCCGAGGAGAGUGACCUCUCGAGAUUUCUGCUUCCUCCCUUCGGGGUAUUUGGGGGGCUACCCCCACAUUUUUUUAAAAGGUAUUUCUCUGUUACUCGCGGCUGGGGCCUUCUGACGGCCGGAGGUGUUGGGCCAUUUGUUCACCUCCCGUCUCGGUCCGCGAAGGGUGAAAGAAUAAGAAGGACCUUGUGAGUCUCUUGGGCGCAGGUUGGAGCUGGGUGGGCUCCGCGGCCUCCCUCCUAGGCGACCAUGUCCGCGUCCGCCCAGAAGCUGGCGGAGGAGCUGCAGAUCUUCGGCCUAGACUGCGAGGAGGCUUUGAUUGAGAAAUUGGUAGAGCUUUGUAUUCAGUAUGGGCAGAAUGAGGAGGGAUUGGUAGGCGAGCUCAUAGCCUUCUGCACCAGCACCCAUAAAGUUGACCUUACCUCAGAGAUCCUGAACUCUUUUGAGCAUGAGUUUCUGAGCAAAAGAUUAUCCAAAGUCCGGCAUAGUGCCUCCAAGGACAGUGGACACGCAGGAGCUAGAGACAUUAUUUCUAUACAAGAACUAAUUGAAGUGGAGGAAGAGGAAGAAACACUCUUGAACUCUUAUACCACACCCUCUAAGGGCUCUCAAAAGCGAGCUAUCACUACACCAGAAACCCCCCUAACAAAAAGGAGUGUGUCUACUCGUAGCCCCCACCAGCUCUUCUCACCAUCAAGUUUCUCCCCGAGUGCUACUCCCUCUCAGAAAUACAACUCGAGAAAUAACCGAGGAGAAGUGGUUACUUCCUUUGGCUCAGCACAGGGAGUGUCUUGGUUUGGGAGAGGAGGAGAUGGAAACAUUAGCCUGAAAGUCUUGGGGUGUCCAGAGCCACUCACUGGGAUCUACAAAACCAUGUUUCAGAAGCUUCCAGACAUUCGAGAAGUUCUGUCCUGUAAGGUAGAAGAACUUGGCAAUGAACUCAAGGAACAUUACAAGAUUGAGGCUUUCACUCCUCUUCUAGUCCCAGCACAAGAGCCUGUCACUCUGCUGGGCCAGAUCGGCUGUGACAGCAAUGGGAAGCUGAACAGUAAGUCUGUGAUUCUUGAAGGAGACCGGGAACAUUCCUCAGGUGCUCAAAUUCCAGUGGAUUUGUCUGAGCUCAAAGAAUAUUCUCUGUUUCCUGGACAGGUUGUAGUUAUGGAAGGAAUCAACACCACUGGUAGAAAACUGGUUGCCACCAAACUCUAUGAGGGGGUGCCACUUCCAUUUUAUCAGCCCACUGAAGAGGAUGGAGACUUUGAGCAAAGCGUGGUGCUGGCUGCCUGUGGGCCAUACACCACGUCUGACAGCAUCACAUAUGAGCCCUUGCUUGACCUGAUCACCAUCAUCAACCACGACCGGCCGGAUGUCUGCAUCCUGUUUGGUCCUUUCCUGGAUGCUAAGCAUGAACAAGUGGAGAACUGUCUACUGACAAGUUCAUUUGAAGAUGUUUUCAAGCAAUGUCUACGAACGAUUAUUGAAGGGACAAGAAGCUCUGGCUCCCACCUUGUAUUUGUCCCAUCACUGAGAGAUGUGCACCACGAGCCGGUGUACCCACAGCCGCCUUUCAGCUACUCCGAUCUGUCUCGAGAAGACAAAAAGCGAGUACAGUUUGUGUCCGAGCCCUGCAGCCUCUCCAUAAACGGAGUGAUCUUUGGCUUGACAUCCACGGAUCUGCUGUUCCACAUUGGGGCGGAGGAGAUCAGUAGUUCUUCUGGAACUUCAGACAGAUUCAGCCGAAUACUCAAACACAUUCUGACCCAGAGGAGCUUCUACCCACUCUACCCGCCCCAGGAAGACAUGGCCAUCGACUAUGAGACUUUCUAUGUCCACGCACAGCUGCCUGUCACCCCAGAUGUCUUCAUAAUCCCAUCGGAGCUGAAAUACUUUGUGAAGGCCAUCCUCGGCUGCGUCUGUGUGAAUCCCGGGCGCCUCACCAAAGGGCAGGUGGGCGGCACCUUCAGCCGACUCUCCCUCAGGGGGCCGACGGUGGGCGAGGCAAGGAGGCGCAGUCCGUGUGUUGCCGCCCAGGUGGUCAGGAUCUGAGGCUUCUGUCCUCCGCCGUCCCCCACUUUGGGGGCCCUUGCAGACAGCAGACAGCCGAGACGGGGCCCUCUGACAGGACCAAACUGUUGGGUGCUAGAGAAGAGAAGGAGCCAGUCCCUGAGGAGCGGGCUGCGGGGACAGGGCCCAGUAGUGAGGACCUGUGUGGCAGGGCCCUGCCUGUGAGUCGCUUCUCUCUGGAAGGAAGCUCUUGCGUCUGAAUGCAUACGUGGUGUCCGGAAGGGAGCUGGCUGUGGACACUGCAUACUCAGAAAAGACAAAAGGCUUUGUGAUUUUCUACGUGAAUCAAACACAGAAACAACUUUUGGAGACAUAGAAAUUAAAUCAGUGUAUAACUUCUGAGUCCAA